CCCAAAGCCAAAUAGCCCGUCGGAUCCUCGGUUAGCUGCGUCUCUUGCAUCUCUAUUGUCCAACAAGUUUGAAGAAUCAUGAGCAAUGAUACAAACGAAAACUCUGCACCACAAAGAAGUGCUCCCCGCCUGAAUGAGAGGAUCCUUUCAUCUUUGUCAAGGAGAUCUGUUGCUGCCCAUCCUUGGCAUGAUCUUGAGAUAGGACCCGGAGCUCCCCAGAUUGUCAAUGUUGUAUGUAGUUAUUCAGCUUAUGCCCUCCGAUUAUUUCUUCAAGCAUCUAUCACAGUUCACCUAUUGUUGUGA